GUUUCAGAUUCAGUUUGGAAGCAGGGAAGCUGAUCUCUGAGCCAAGCAGUAAAGAUGGUGAUCAAUGUCUGCCUCCCACAAUUCAAGCCAAGAAUUCACUGCAACAAGAUCUCUGCUGACGGUUACGAAGUAGAAAACCUUAUCUCGGAAGACCUCGCCAAGAGAAACCGUGGUUUCCGCUGUGAAUAUUUUAUCAAGCCCCCCGUCCAGGUGACGCUUUCUUUCCCCUUCAACGUCGAAAUCUGCCGUGUCAAUAUAGACAUUUCGUCAGGAAGCUGUCAGAACAUCACCGGGCUGGACAUUUGCACAUCUACCUCGUCCAGUAAGGCCUCUUGGAACGGCCCCGAAUCUCCAUUCUCAGGUCUGGCCGGGCAGCCGGUGUCGGACAAGGAGGCUUUCACACUUGUGGGCAAAGCCGUGCUGAAGAACCAGAGCAAAGUGACUUUCAGCCACCGCGGCUUCAGGCCAAGGCCUCCGUUCCAUCACCUGACGGAUGCCCUCUCCUCCUUCUCCGGCUCGGCAUCCCUGGACCUGUGGAACAAAGGCCCCACCUCCCUGACUAGUGUAUCACACUUAAAAAUCUGCAUCACCCAUGUGGCAGGGGGCGGUCUCCCCUGCAUUAAGAGAGUGGAGGUCUGGGGCCAGCCGGCCAAAUCUUGCCCGCAUGAAGUGGUGGAUGACAUCCUUCGGGUUGCCUCAGCAUCCCCAGCUCUGGGUUUUGGUGGGCAGGCCUCCAGCCUUCCGUCCCCGAUGGAGAGCGACACGGUGCCCUUCGGCCACCCGGCCGGCCGGGAGCAGAGGCUGAUGGAGGCCGUGCAGGACAUCCCCGAAGAGUUCUUGGACCCCAUCACCCUGGAGGUGAUGACCUUCCCCAUGCUCCUGCCCUCGGGCAAGGUCGUUGACCGGGAGACCCUAGAGAAAUGCAACCGGAGUGAAGCGUCCUGGGGGCGGGUGCCCAGUGACCCGUUCACGGGGGUUGCUUUCAGCCAGCAUUCCCAGCCCCUUCCCCACCCCUCCCUGAAAGCCAGGAUCGACCACUUCCUCCUCCAACACAGCAUUCCCGGCACAAAUUUGCUUGGGAGGGCCCAGGCCUCGGGGUCGGCCGUCGCCUCUUCCAUAGCCAUGUCGUCUCUCAAAAGGAAAAUGGACCUUCUGGAGCAGAACCCGGGUUGCCACCUGGACCCUUCCAGCUUUUCGACAACGGACUUUGUCGCCACGUCUACCUCGGAGUCCCGCGCCAAAAAAAUGAAAAUGGAGUGCGAGGCAAACCCUGCCCAGAUGGACUGCUCUGCAGGUCCCGUUUCUCACGAGCAGAGGCUUUCUGCGAGCUUGGACUGCGCCUUGAGCUGCAUGCCGUUGUUCACGGCUCGCUUGGCGAAGAGCCAGCUGGUUCCAUGCGGCGGAGGCAGUGAUGGCGGCCUGUUGAACCCGAGCAGUGGCUAUGAGCACAGCCGGAACGGGGCUCACCAGGGCUGCUCUUCCUGCCGCAGGACCUUUUCCUCCUACUUCAAGCCGGAGCCCAUUUACCAACUCCCCUGCAGCCACCUCGUCUGUCGCUCCUGCCUCGCCGAGAAGCAGAAGUCCCUCUCCAUACUAUGCAUGAACUGCAAAAGGUCGGUCGCCACGCACGAUGUCGUGAGGGUCCACUUCUGACCCGUUUCAGCAGCACUCUC